AUGUAAUAACAAAAAGAUAAAAGUAUGUACUAAACCUUCACUUAGCUUCGUAUAUUUAGUCCAGUCAUUUUAUUUCACGAAAAUAAUUCAGCAAAUGAUUAUGAUAUGAUACAAUUACAAAAAGAAAAAGUAAAUGCAAUGCUCAAAACAAAUCUUGUCUUUUGGGAACACAUUAUUCACACAACUCGUCAAAGAGAUAACAGCCUAUCGCCUGCAACAUGCUAUUCCUCACUAUCUUCUAAAGAAGAAGAAGAAGAAGACGAUGACGACGAUGAUGAUGAUGAUAAUGGCGAAAAAGAAGAAGAAAAAGAAAAGCAAUGCAAAAGACGACUUGUCCAAAAGAAACGUAGAGGCAAUCUACCUAAAUGUGUCACUGCCAUUCUGAAGCAAUGGCUGAUAGAUCACCACAAACACCCCUACCCUACUGAAGAAGAGAAACGAGCACUGGGGCUCAAGACAGACCUCACUCUAAACCAGAUUAGUAAUUGGUUUAUUAAUGCACGAAGACGAAUUCUACCUUUUAUCUUAUCACAAAAAAAAUAAAUCCAAAAAGAACUGAUAUACCCAAUUAAAGCGCAUGGAUCAGCAUCCAAAAACGGAGUUUACUCCACAUUUCCAGUUUUUUACCAUUGAAGCUGAUUUGAAGUUCACUGUCGUUAUCAGCGAGUGAAAGAAACGGCGUGUCGCUUGUGCAAUGACACAGGCUGCACUUGGCUAUCUCAAUGAUCAAGCAUCAAGCUAAUUCGAACCCUAAACCACAAAAAGAGAGAGCGAUUGUGCACAUCCUGGUAAAUUCUUGGAAAAUCAGAAAUCAAAACGCCGAUUGAAACCUACAGUCUCGAUAGAAGAUAUGCAUCAACUAUGUUCGGAAA